CUGUAUACAGCUGGCGACCGAUGCGAACCUCUGUACCGGUGUCAGUCGACAACAACACGAUAAACAGCGAAACUUGGCUCUAAGCAAUAUUUCCAUAGUCAGGGACAGUAUUUUCAAAAAACGAAUUACAAUCAUUUUCUCCUUGAUUAUCCAGCCGUUCGAAUUUCAAACAAACCGGAUAACAAUUUAAAAAGUGCGGCUAUUCUUUCUUUUUUGUUUUUCGAGGUUGCAUUUUUAUAUUUUUUGUGAUAGUUUUGUAUAAAAUAUCAGACAGUGAGUUUAAGUUGACAUUGAGUAUUAAACUUUCUUUAUUUGUGGAGUUUUACGUGUGUUUUAGUGGAACAGCAGAAUAAAUACGGCGCCUCGAUAAAGAUCGCAUAGUGCACCAAUAACAUCUCUCGCCAGUCAAAAAUGGACUGGCGAAGAACAGAUUAUCAUGAAUGGAAAAUAGUAAGGAGCUAACAUGGUCUCUAUCUACAACGGCAGCGGUCAUGAAGACUUGGCUGCGUUAACCAGCCGAUAUGUCCCAGCUGCAAUGUCUCUUAACGGCACCGCCUACCUUGGAGGAGGAGUCCUAAUCCUCACCAAGACACUCACUGGGGAAUCAGUGGAAGUGAUAGACGAACCCAAAGCUAACAAAACUACGGAUAUCAUCGAUGUUAAAAUUGUCCAAGUUGCCUUCUGUAUUUUAUACACAAUCAUCUUCGUUUUGGGAGUUUUCGGCAAUGUCCUCGUCUGCUAUGUCGUUUUCCGGAACAGAGCUAUGCAAACUGUUACAAAUCUCUUUAUCACAAACUUAGCCCUCUCCGAUAUAUUACUAUGUGUAUUCGCUGUACCUCUGACGCCAAUGUACACAUUUCUAGGAAGAUGGGUUUUCGGAAGACUCCUGUGUCACCUAAUGCCAUACGCACAAGGCACAAGUGUUUACAUAUCUACGUUAACACUAACAUCUAUAGCUAUAGACAGAUUUUUUGUCAUCAUAUACCCUUUUCACCCAAGAAUGAAAUUGAACACCUGUAUACUUAUUAUAAUAUUCAUAUGGGUAUUCUCCCUUGUCGUAACUUGCCCCUACGGCCUCUUCAUGGGAAUACAAACGACGAACAAUAGAACUUACUAUUGCGAAGAAAGUUGGCCUUCCGAUAAAUCCAGAAAAAUAUUUGGAGUUUUCACCACGGUAUUACAAUUUCUAAUACCAUUUUUAAUAAUAGCUAUAUGUUAUACAUGCGUUAGUAUAAGAUUGAAUGACCGAGCGAGGUCAAAACCAGGUGCUAAAAAUACCAGGAGAGAAGAGGCGGACAGAGAUAGGAAAAGACGCACAAAUAGAAUGCUCAUAUCAAUGGUGGCUAUAUUUGGAAUAUCCUGGCUGCCACUGAACUUGAUAAAUAUUUUCAACGACUUCUACGCCCAGAUGACAGAGUGGAAUUAUUACUUUGUGUCAUUCUUUCUCGCUCAUUCCAUGGCAAUGGCGUCAACAUGCUACAAUCCUUUCCUAUACGCAUGGUUGAACGAGAACUUCAGGAAAGAGUUCAAACAGGUGCUUCCGUUUUUUGAAUCAACGGGUGGGGUGAGAAACAGUUAUCAUUCUGGUCGCAUGCCAACUCACAAGGCUGACAAAAUAUGUAACGGAAAUGAUACUAUUCAAGAAACUUUGCUGGCUUCGUCAUUCAAUAGAGGGCCGUCGAUAAAGCAACGGAUAUUGGAAGGCAAUGGAAAGAAAGACAAUGGGGUUGAGGUGGAGAAUAUUAUAUUAGAAGACAAGGUGUUAUCAGCUACGUAUCACACGAAAAGCGAAAAUGUAAACUUGCAGUUAAUAGAUGAAGAAUCACAGCAAAGUGAAACGAGGGAGACGAAAUCUCCUAUGUAAUUAGCCAAAUUCGUGACAACGAUUUUCGAAACGAAGAAUUCGUACAAUGUAAAAACUAAUUAUAGUCAUAUAAAAUUUUGUCUUUUUUUACAUUUUUAUCUAAUUAAAUAAAAUGCAUAGAUAUUUGCUUUGCUUACUGUGAUCAAUGUGUUAUUUAACGCUGUAGUAUGUAAGUUAUUUUGUAAAUAAUUUAAAUCGUAAUUAGUUGUCUUGUAUCCAUAUUGUAAGCUAGUCGAUAGGUUAAAGCAAGUAUCCAAAGGGCCUAUAAUAAUUAUUUUAUAUCUUGAUGGCAGUGAGACUGUCUGAUGUAUAGUUAAGUCAUUAUUCUUUGAUUGGUGUUUUUUUGAUUAGACUGUUGAGCCCAGUUUCAAACAUCUCUGUUUUAAUCAAUGAUACUUCUGAUUCUGUUGCUUGCAUUUCAUUUAUCAAUUUGUCUUCUACGUCUUUCGUGUAUAUGAUAUUAGUACUAUCCGUUUGAUUUAUAUUUUUAUCUAUUUUAACUCCAUAAGGUUUGGUGUCAACAUUAGCUAAUUGUGUUAGUAGAACAAUGUAAGCAGCAGAAUCAUUUAGAACAUCAAUAUGAAUGAUGUUAUCAUUUUCAAAAAUAUCGAUGUUUGAAAUUAUGAGUUUAUCAUGAAACACAAAUCAAGAAUCUAUAGAAAUUAGAAUUAUAACGAGUAUUCUCAUAAUUGCGAAUUGUACAAAAUUUAACUCUUAAUUGUAAGUAGAGAUAUUUUGUAAAUAAGGUUUAAAAGUCAUGUUGUUAAGGUGUAAUUUUAAUUGAGUAUUUCGUAAAUUUGCUUGGUAGUGUUAUCUGUUAAAAUGAAUCAAUGUUUUAGUAUUUAGUAUACAUGUUUACUGUUACAUUUGUGGAAGAAUAAACGAGGGU